AUUGAAGCAAGGCAAGAUUGACCUUCAAGGCCGUUGAGCUUUAUUAUUUUCGUUGGUUUCCUUAAUUUUCUUUAAUUUAAAUACAACGAAAACAACGGGAUCUUCUUAGUACUUGUGUAAAUUUUGAUUAUGAACAGAAAGGGUGGAUGAUAUUUGGCAUAAAUCAAUAAAUAAGCACAAUAGGUAGCAAAAGUAAGAAAUUCAGCACAAGAGGAGCAAUGACGAGACCACCAAAUGAUAAUUUACCAACGGUAAAGCUAGUCGUCGUUGGUGACGGUGGUGUUGGUAAAAGUGCCAUAACUAUUCAAUUCUUUCAAAAGUUGUUUGUUACUGAUUAUGAUCCCACUAUAGAAGAUAGUUAUUUACAACAUGUAGAAGUAGACGGCCAGUGGUGUAUUCUGGAUGUUCUUGAUACUGCAGGUCAAGAAGAGUUUAGUGCCAUGAGGGAACAAUAUAUGAGAAAAGGAGAUGGGUUCUUAUUAGUAUAUUCAGUGACUGAUAAAAAUAGCUAUGAGAAUAUUAUACAUUUUCAUACCCAACUUUUACGUGUCAAAGACAGAGAUACAUAUCCCAUGUUACUGGUUGCAAAUAAAGUAGAUCUUGUUCAUUUAAGGAAGGUAACUGAAGAGCAAGGACGAGACUUAGCACAUAGGUUAGGUAUUCCAUACAUUGAAACUAGUGCAAAAGAUCCUCCACUCAACAUUGAUGCUACAUUUCACGAGGUGGUAAGGAUUAUUCGAAAUCAACCCCAAAAUGAAAAUGAAAAACGAAAAAAGAAGAAACUUCCGAAAAUAGGGAAGUGUAUAUUAAUAUAAGUAUUUGUAUGUUGAUUUUGAAAGCUUUUUAUUAUUAUUUUUAUGAUAUACCUAUACAGCUUUAAUGUUACAAAGUGUUCAAUGUUGUAUUUGUGAAGCAAAAAUAGUUUAUUUUUUUUUUAUAAAAAAAACUGAAUUUUUAGAACAGUUAGUGCUCUAAAACGCAAUUAGUUUUAUAUUCACAAUUUGGAUAUUUUUUUAUCCAGUUUAUUACCAAAACUUAUGUUCUUAAAUGUUGCCGGUUUUGUUUUCACUAUAGAGUUUUUGAGAGGAAAGAUGUCAAAAUGUAAGGUUAUACAGUCGGCACCAAAUGACAUUAGUUUUAUAAAAAAAAAUAUUCCCUAUAAAAAGUUCUGCAUGGUCUAAAACCAAAAAACCAAAAAUAGAACAAUCAGAAAUCAAUGUCACGUACGGGGUUUGUACCUUCAGUUUUAACAAUAUGGAAUCGAACAGAAUUGAAAACUAUGAUGAGAUAUCUAAUAUCCGCUUACCAAUUCUGACCAACUUUUUUUAAUAAUAAUUUUCGAUAUUGUUAAAAAUAAAGGUAUUUUGCUCUUGCAUAUACUUCAUAUUUUCAGGCAAACCUCGUACAUGACUGAAAAACUUUCAUAUCUGAUAGUGAUAUUUUAGAUUUUAGACCAUGCAAAACUUUUUAUGAAGAAUAACUGUUUUUAAUUAAACUAUUAAUACGAAAGUUUCCCAUAUGAUGCCGACUUAAUAAGAAGACAUAUUAUACGGUGUCGGCCACUUCCAAUACGUGAAGCACAAAUGCAUGUGGAAGCUACAGAGGGUUGGCAUUGGAGCCAGCAGAAAAGGAAUGGUGUCAACGCUGCCAUUUGUACGAACCGACCGCGUUGAAACGUUGGCCAGGCCGUAUAUGCUUACAUCGCUGGUAUUGUUCUUUUUCUACUUGCCGUGUUGUCUCUGUAGUUUUCACACGCCCUUGUGUCAAGGGAUAUUGGAAGAUUUUCGAUGGCCAGUACUGUAUAAACUAGGUCCAAUUCCAAAAUUGAAAAAUUCCAACAUUAUAAUAUAAUGAUUUACCUAUAUAAUGAGUUUUUUAUACAAAUUUUUAUAACUUUUUAUUUAACUAAAGUAUUAAAAGUGGGAACCCAAUUGGCAGAAAAAACAUAGAUUAGAGUUAAAAAAAGA